AUGACGUUGAAUUACAAUUUUGGCUUUGCUUCUCCGCAGAAGAAAAGAUCCAUCAUGUUUUGGAGACGAAAACGCCCAGAAAGAGGAUUGAAGGCGUUGGCGGAAGGUGGUUUAGCGUUUGCUAGGACGUACUCAAACAUCUUAGCCCAGACCGAAUCACAACUAGAAGAUGCCAUACAGAGAGAAAAUCGCAAACCCAAAUCUACGAUUGGCAAAGUGCGGAUGAAAGGUGAGAAGGUCAUUCACAGUAAACAGGUGCUUCUAUGUAUCGUCCUUCUAAACAUACUCGACUGUAUCCUAGUGCUAGGCGAGCUAAUCCUCGAUAUAUACUAUCUCAAAGGAGUUCUGGAGAAAGCCGAACACAACGAGCUGAACUUUGUUAUACACAUGAAACAGAUAUAUCCUGAUUAUCUUGCUCCACUACAAACCACUGACAUCAGCGAUCUUUAUAGAGCAGUACUUGAUGCUAAAAUCGAAUGGGGUCAAGGGUCACACAACUCUCGUGUAACCGACACGUCGCAUGGCACCGGAAGUAACGCUCUCACAACCACCACCAUGGUUCCGAAUGACAUUCAUAACGCCACAACCCUUUCUUACAACGCCACAACCUUAUCCAACCAUGGUACAACAAUGUCUUACAGCACUACAACCAUUCCGUAUAAUGGUACAACCCUAUCGGACAAUAGUACGACCCCAAUAGUGAGGCGAAAAAGGGCGGCAACUUCAGGUAGUCAUGGCAACACUAUAUAUGGAAACGGUUCAGCUCACCACGAGCACCACGAGCAUGGACAUUCGAUUGAAGAAGAUAUUGCGCAUGGUUUCCACAAAGCUAGCAUUGCAAUAUUGGCAAUUUUAGUCGUAGAGACAAUGAUGAAGGUAUUAUUUCUAGGAAAAGAACUACUAGAAAGAAAAUUAGAGAUGUUUGACGGGUUCAUCGUAGUCGCCUCCUUUAUCGUCGAUAUCGUCUUCCUGAAAGGAAUGAGUGGGAUGCACGUCCGCGAAAUGGUGGUCAUAUUGGCUUUUCUGGUUCCACACAGUUUGGUUGUAGCUGUUAUUGAUCAUGAGCAUUUCCGGAUGAAAUUGUUAUAUAAACAGAAGAAGGCGGUAUCAACAGACUUGAAGAAAGCCAAGGCCGAAAAUAAAUCCCUAACGGCGGCGUUAGAAAUGGUUAAGAAGUUAGCUGUUGGAGCUGGCCUGUCAGCGGACGAUAUUGACAAACGUUUGGCUUUCAUUAGUGUCGGAGUCGGGGCAAAAAAGAAGAAAAGUUCGUCCAUUUCAAGCUUUCACCAUGGACUAGGUUCCAGUAAAAAGAAGAAUUCUUCAUCUGUCUCCAGCGAGUUGAAGCUCUCAGUGGCGUCCAUUCAGGAGAAUGUAGAAGACGAUGUGUUUGCCAAAGACGACAAAAAGGACCAAAAUACCAAUUCUCGAGUCUAG